UCUUUUAGUAUUUUUAUUUUUUUAGAAUAUAAAUAAACGACGCCAGAAAUGGCAGAAGCAAAUCGCAGCGCUAACAUGUACGGACGGGAGACAAUGAACGCUGCACUUCACCAAGAUCGACACCAGCAAACUCAGAUCGACGACGACGAUGAUGACGAUGUCGUCGCCGGCGGAGGAGGUGGUGGUGGUGGAGGAGGAAUAGAGUCUAUGGACAACCCUACUCCUCACAUUCGCUACGACCAGCAUCAUCACUCUCAUUCUCACGCGCUUCACAACGGCGGUGCUGGCGGGUCCAUGGAGAUGAAUGGUGUGGAAGGCGUUUCUCAUAACGCCUUGUAUGGUCCCCCUUCCGAAAUUGUUCCUACUGCUGGUAGUGGAGCUUCCGAUCAGCUUACGCUGUCGUUUCAAGGCGAAGUUUAUGUUUUUGAUGCCGUUUCACCUGAAAAGGUUCAGGCGGUGCUGUUACUGUUGGGGGGAUACGAAGUCCCUCCUGGCAUUCCUGCGGUUAAUGUGGCUCCUCAAAGUCAGAGGGCUUCAGGUGACUUUCCUGGAAGAUUGAAUCAACCGCAAAGAGCUGCUUCUUUAAAUCGUUUUAGGGAAAAGAGGAAAGAACGAUGUUUUGAUAAAAAGAUCCGCUAUACUGUGCGGAAGGAAGUUGCGAUGAGGAUGCAGCGUAAGAAGGGUCAGUUUACAUCUGCCAAGUCAAUAUCUGAUGAAGCAGGUUCUUCUUCUGCAGAUUGGAAUGAAGGCUCUGGUCAAGAAGAGCAGGAAACAUCAUGUAGACAUUGCAAUAUUAGUUCAAAAUCCACUCCUAUGAUGCGUCGUGGACCAGCUGGCCCAAGGUCUCUUUGUAAUGCAUGUGGACUCAAGUGGGCCAAUAAGGGAAUUUUAAGAGAUCUUUCUAAAGUUCCAGCUCCUGGAGCUCAGGACCAAAUUGCGAAACCUGGUGAACAGAGCAAUGGUGAACCUAAUGGCUCAGAUGUCAUGGCUGCUGCUGCUAUCAUCACUCAAGAUGGGGACAACCCAGUGGUGACUGCUUGAACGGUGAGGGAGAAUCCUUCUUUGCAAUUAUUGUGGUGGCAGUUGAUGUUGCGGUGAGGGAGAAUCCUUCUUUGCAAUUAUUGUGGUGACAUCUGUUUUACUAUCCGCCAAAAUUAGAUUGUACAUAGUAAAAUAUUGUACUCUUAGGCAUCCGACAAUUUUUCUCGGAGUUUUAGUGUUUUAUUCUGGUGUUCAAAUGUAAUUGAAAUCUGGAAGUUGUGUCAUGAAUCAAUACACCUCAGCAAGCAUAAAAGCAUCUUAAAAUAGUUUUUAUUUGGUAUA